UGGGGAUUUUUGAAAUUUGGGGUCGCGGGUAGGGCUUGCCGCAUCAUUUCCUAGGUGCAGUGCUAAAUUCGGUGGUUCUUCAAGUGCCCGAGCGACUGUUGGUCUUGUGGGAUUCGAUAGUUUGUUCCGCACGAGUGCAGAGAUUCGAUAUGGGAUCCUCAUCAUAUCUAGGGAUCCAACCCAAGGUGCCAACUUCGUUUCAGCUUUUCUGAAUGAAUGAAGCCGAUGCCCGGGCGAAUUAAUUAAUGGGGGACGGAGUCUUUCGCUGAAACUCUGCUGUAAAAAAAAGGGUGUGCUGAACUAGGAAUGUGCCUGCUGCCUGUAAUACAUACAUCAUCUAUGACUAUGGAAAGGGUGGCAUGUCUGAAUUCCUAUGCCACUCAAAUAAUAUGGCAUCCAUUGUCAAUCCUCAACAUAUCUAGGGAUCCAACCAACCCAAGGAUUGAACACCACAAAAUACCUCUGUUCCCAUCCAGUGUCCACCGGUAGGGGUUCUCCUGUAUCGUGUUCGUCCAUGGAAGCAUCCAAAAGCAAGCAAGGACCAGAACAUCUCAUUGUUCUGGUUCAUGGUAUCAUGGCAAGCCCCAGUGACUGGACAUAUGGGGAAGCAGUGCUGAAAAAGAGGCUUGGUGACAAUUUCUUCAUCUAUGCUAGUUCAUCAAACAUCUAUGCCAAAUCUUUUGACGGGAUCAAUGUAGCUGGAAGGAGGUUAGCGAAAGAAGUCUUGGACGUGGUUCAGAAGAUGGCCGGUUUGAAAAAGAUUUCCUUCAUAGCACAUUCUUUGGGUGGUUUGUUUGCUAGAUAUGCUAUUUCUAUACUAUAUUCGCAGCAGACAAAAGAAACUGAAAGUGGUACUAGUGUCAUGCUGACAAGUGGAGUAUCUGAAAUAUCACGCACUUCAGGAUUAGGUCCCAUUGCUGGGUUGGAGCCAACUAAUUUUAUUACAUUGGCAACCCCACAUCUUGGUGUUAGAGGAAAAAAUCAGCUUCCAUUUCUUCAAGGACUAUCAAUUCUAGAAAAACUUGCAGCACCUUUGGCGCCCUUCAUUGUGGGACGCACUGGUGCUCAACUCUUUCUCACUGAUGGUGAACCUAGCAAGCCACCUCUCCUUCUACUAAUGACAUCUGACCAUGAGGACAAAAAAUUCAUAUCUGCACUAGCAGCUUUUAAGAACCGCAUUUUGUAUGCUAAUGUUUCAUAUGACCAUAUGGUUGGUUGGAAAACAUCUUCAAUAAGGAGAGAAUUGGACCUUAGAAUGCCCUUGCGUCGUUCACUUGAUGGCUACAAGUACAUUGUGAAUGUGGAAUACUGUUCGCCUGUGUCGUCCGACGGGCCCCAUUUUCCUUCGCGGGCUGCCCGAGCUAAAGAAGCUGCACAAAGUACACCGAACAUGGAAAAUACCAAUGAAUAUCACCAGAUGAUGGAAGAGGAGAUGAUUCGUGGUCUGCAGAGAGUGGGUUGGAAGAAAGUAGAUGUCAACUUCCAUGCAUCACUGUGGCCUUACUCUGCUCACAACAACAUGCAUGUUAAGAAUGAGUGGCUUCACAACGCUGGCGCCGGUGUUAUCGCCCACGUCGCGGACAGCAUGAAACAGACAUGCCUGCCUUCCAACCUGUAAGAUCUGGACCUGGUGUGCUGGCAUAUGCCACGGUCAGUACUCUCUAUCAGCGAACCUCUGAGCUUACCAGUUUCCCUCCUGAGCAACACAGAGGUUUUACCAGUAUUCGAAGCUGCAGAAAGCCAUAAAUCGAUUGCUGAAGGCCACCAUACCAAACGGAGGCACUUUAGUGGCCUUAGCCUACCUUCCCAGCGUUUACAUUCGAUGACUCUCCGGCAGUGCUGUAACAAACCCUCCGCUCCCAGUGGUUUCGUCCCCAGAGCUCGCUCGGGCAAGUGCUAAAGUCUGUGUCGGACUAGAUUGCUUUCUAGUUUUGUUUUUGAAGUCUGGUUUGCACUUUGAAACAAUGUUUGUGAUAUGUUCUAAAACAAAUAGACAAUGUUGAAAUA